AUGUUUAGAGCCUACGCAACUAGGAGUGCCAAAAUCGCCAAUCCAGCAUCGAGGAUCUGGAAACAGACGCCCAUUGGGGCGUCGUUUGUGCGGUUCAAUUCAUCUAGAGUGCCAAACGGAGGAAGAGCCAGUACAGAAAUCCAAACGCAGUUGCCGUCAUUCGACGAAGCCACUUCUUCUGUCGCUGACAUGAGCUCGACGAUAGUUGAGCAGGCGUCGCAUAUUGUCGGAGAAGCGUCGAGUCAUGUCGGGUACUUGAGCAGCAUCGGACUGGCCAAGUCGUGGUGGUGGCCUCCAGAUCUCAUUCAAAACGUCAUGGAACAAAUCCACGUGUACUCUGGUCUACCUUGGUGGGGUACCAUUGUGGCUACAACCGUUUUGGUGCGUCUUGUCAUGUUCCCACUUUACGUGAAAUCUUCGGACACCAUGGCUCGUAAUUCUAAGAUUAAGCCAGAGCUAGAUGCCAUCAAUACGGAACUUAUGGCUUCUACUGACAUGGUUGAGGGCCAAAGAGUUGCACUUAAGAGAAAGAAGCUACUAGCUGACAAUGGAAUCAAAAACAGAUACCUGGCCGCCCCCAUUCUUCAAGUUCCUGUAGCACUAGGAUUUUUCUCCGGAAUCAGAGGCAUGACUAAUUAUCCGGUAGACGGGUUUACGAACCAGGGUAUAGCGUGGUUUUCAGAUUUGUCUCUGGCAGAUCCGUACUUGGGACUCCAAAUCAUUACUGCAUCGGUUUUCAUUUCAUUUACCAGACUUGGUGGUGAAACCGGCGCCCAACAAUUCUCUCCCACCAUGAAAAACUUUUUCACAGUCUUGCCGCUACUUUCUAUUCCAGCCACUAUGAAUUUGUCUUCAGGCGUGGUUCUCUACUUUGCGGUGAAUGGGAUAUGCUCAGUCAUUCAAUCGCUGAUAUUGAGGAACAAGUGGUGUAGACAGAAGCUUAAUAUCGCCGAAGUUGUCAAGCGUGCACCAUCAACCAAUGCUCCUUCAAAGGGUAUCAUUGAAACUUUCAAAGAAAACAUGCAGAAGGCAAGGGAGCAGGCGGAGAGGAGACAACGUAUGCAGGAUAACGAGAAGCUCAUGCAAGAAGCUACCAGAGAGCAAAAGGCAAACAGUGCCAUCAAAAUUGUUCGCAGGUCCGAUCUUCAAAAAAAAUUGAAGACUAAGAAUUGA